CUCCACCCAGACGGCCACACCUGCUGGUGACGGGGGAGCCAAACCCAAGAAGCGGCGGGCGGAAAGGGGAGGGGAGAGGAGAGGCGGCAGCAGCCAGCCGGCGGAGAUGGCGGCGCCGCCGCCCAAGGCCUGGAAGGCGGAGUACGCCAAGUCCGGGCGGUCCUCGUGCAAGUCCUGCAAGUCCCCCAUUGCCAAGGACGCGCUCCGCCUCGGCAAGAUGGUCCAGGCCACCCAGUUCGACGGCUUCAUGCCCAUGUGGAACCAUGCCAAAUGCAUCCUCAACAAGAAAAACCAGAUAAAAUCUGUUGAUGAUGUUGAAGGAAUUGAUGCACUUAGGUGGGAUGACCAAGAGAAGAUAAGAAACUAUGCUGCAAAUUCCUCGACUACUUCAACUGCAACUGCAACUGCAAGUUCCACAGCUGCUAUUCCUGACAAAUGUGCUAUUGAGGUUGCUCAAUCUGCCCGUUCUUCCUGUAGACGGUGCAGUGUAAAGAUUGCAAAAGGCACUGUUCGUGUUUCAUCUAAACUUGACGGUCAAGGUUGGUAUCAUGUUAGUUGUUUCUUGGAAAUGUCCCCAACUGCAAGUGUUGAGAAAUUCCCAGGCUGGGAGACCUUGUUGCACGAUGAUAGAGCAGCUAUUAUUGAUGUUGUUAAGAAAGGUGCUGCCAGCAAACAAGAAACAACUUCGAAGGGCUCCAAGCGCAAGAUUGGUGACAUUGAUGUGCGUAACUCCAAAGCUCCGAACUUAGAUGGAAGUACAUCUGAAGGUGCUGCACGAAGCAAAGGAAAACUUGUUGUACCAUGUGAGCCAAAUUCUAGUUCUGCUGAUCUGCACCAAAAGCUUAAAGAGCAGAGUGACACACUUUGGAAGUUAAAGGAUGAACUCAAAAAGCAUGUUUCAACUGCUGAGCUGAGGGAUAUGCUUGAAGUUAAUGAGCAAGAUCCAUCUGGACCAGAGCGGGAUCUAUUGGAACGAUGUGCUGAUGGGAUGCUGUUUGGAGCGCUGGGCACUUGCCCAGUCUGUAAUAGCUGCCUAUACUAUUAUGGUGGUCACUAUCAGUGCAAUGGCCAUGUUUCAGAGUGGUCCAAAUGUACCUACAUGACAACAGAACCUGUACGCAUGAAGAAAAAAUGGAAAAUUCCCGAUGAAAUAAAGAAUGAUUAUCUUACAAAGUGGUUCAAGUCUCAAAAGGUUAAGAAACCAGAGCGAGUUCUUCCCCCAAUGUCACCUCAGAAGUCUGUAGGUCAAUCACCUCAGCAGUCUCUCGUCGGUGAAGCAUUGGAUAAAUUGAGAGUUUGUAUAGUAGGACAAUCUAAAGAUACUGAUGAGUGGAAGCAGAAGCUUAAACUUGCUGGUGCCCACUUCAGUCCCAGGGUUACCAAAGAUAUUAAUUGUGUAGUUUCAUGUGGCGGGCUUGAUAACGAGAGUGCUGAAGUCAGGAAAGCUAGGAGGCAGAAGAUACCAAUCGUCAGAGAAGAUUACCUUGGAGAAUGCAUUAGAAAAAACAGGGUGCUUCCAUUUGAUUUAUACAGAGUAGCGACUACCUUGGAGGAGUCAUCAAAAGGUAGCACGGUCACUGUUAAAGUUAAGGGCCGAAGUGCUGUUCAUGAGGCUUCCGGUCUGCAAGAUACGGGCCAUAUUCUGGAAAAUGGCAAAAGCAUUUACAAUACAACCUUAAACAUUUCUGACAUGACACAAGGUGUUAACAGGCAAGGUUUUUGCUCAUAAUAUUUUUUUGAGGGU